AUGAGUUCUACUUCAAACGUACACUUUUUGAUGGUGCUGUGUUUAAUGGGGUUGUUGGUGAUGAUGAUGAUGGGUGCAGAGGCAGCCCCCCACGUCCAUCCAGGGAUGACAGGGAGACGCUCACAGAACAACCUUCAGGGACACAAGAAGCCUGUAGAGCCUUCAGCUCCAAACACAAUAACUGUCCCCCUGCACCUGGACCCGAGCAACUUGAUUCCUUCCCGCCCCGUCAGAUCCAUUGGGAACCACUCGAUCUCCCCAUGGACUACCAACACCACCUAUGAUGAGUCUCGCUUUCCCCAUACCAUCUCAGAGGUCAGGUGCUCUCUGGAGGGCUGUCUGAACGUCGCGGGUAAGGAGGACAGGAGCCUGGAGUCCAAACCCAUUUACCACCAGAUCCUGGUCCUGAGGAAGAUGAUGGGGAGCGUGGACAGAUACUACUACCGGCUGGAGUCAAAGAUCAUCGCGGUGGGCUGUACCUGUGUCAGGCCUAGCAUUGAGCACCAACAGUAAUGAUAUCAGAGGUCAAGCCUGGCGGUGCAGCUGGUGGGGCCGUGAGUGUUGGCAAUACCAAGGUUGUAGGU